GCGAGCGCGGGGCCACCGGAGACGCGGGCUCGGCGGAGGCACGGGCAGAGCUAGGGCGCGGCGGACCCCACUGGCACAGCAGCGCACUCGGUGCCGCGCGCAGGGUCGCGAUGCUGCCUGGUUUGGCACUGCUCCUGCUGGCCGCCUGGACGGCCAGGGCGCUGGAGGUGCCCACGGACGGAAACACUGGCCUGCUGGCAGAACCCCAGAUUGCCAUGUUCUGUGGCAAGCUGAACAUGCAUAUGAACGUGCAGAACGGGAAGUGGGAGUCUGACCCGUCGGGGACCAAAACCUGCAUUGGCACCAAGGAGGGGAUCCUGCAGUAUUGCCAAGAAGUCUAUCCUGAACUGCAGAUCACCAAUGUGGUAGAAGCCAACCAACCAGUGACCAUCCAGAACUGGUGCAAGCGGGGCCGCAAGCAGUGCAAGACCCACGCCCACAUCGUGAUUCCCUACCGAUGCCUAGUUGGUGAGUUCGUUAGCGACGCCCUUCUGGUUCCCGACAAGUGCAAAUUCUUGCAUCAGGAGAGGAUGGAUGUUUGUGAGACCCACCUUCACUGGCACACCGUCGCCAAAGAGACGUGUAGCGAGAAGAGUACCAACUUACACGACUACGGCAUGCUGCUGCCCUGUGGCAUCGACAAGUUCCGAGGGGUGGAGUUUGUGUGCUGCCCCCUGGCGGACGAGAGUGACAGUGUCGAUUCUGCUGACGCCGAGGAAGACGACUCCGACGUGUGGUGGGGCGGAGCCGAUACUGACUACGCAGAUGGCGGUGAAGACAAAGUAGUAGAAGUAGCAGAGGAGGAGGAAGCGGCUGAUGUUGAGGAAGAAGAAACUGAGGAUGACGAGGAUGAUGAGGAUGGUGAUGAGGUGGAGGAAGAGGCUGAGGAACCCUAUGAAGAGGCUACAGAGAGAACCACCAGCAUUGCCACGACAACCACCACCACCACGGAGUCUGUGGAAGAGGUGGUUAGAGAGGUGUGCUCAGAACAAGCCGAGACGGGGCCCUGCCGAGCCAUGAUCUCCCGCUGGUACUUUGAUGUGACUGAAGGGAAGUGUGCCCCAUUCUUUUACGGCGGAUGUGGCGGCAACCGAAACAACUUUGACACAGAGGAGUACUGCAUGGCGGUCUGUGGCAGCGUCAUUCCUACCACAGCAGCCAGCACCCCUGAUGCCGUGGACAAAUACCUGGAGACUCCUGGAGAUGAGAACGAACACGCCCAUUUCCAGAAAGCCAAGGAGAGACUUGAAGCCAAGCACCGCGAGAGAAUGUCCCAGGUCAUGAGAGAAUGGGAAGAGGCAGAGCGUCAAGCAAAGAACUUGCCCAAAGCUGAUAAGAAGGCAGUUAUCCAGCAUUUCCAGGAGAAAGUGGAGUCUCUGGAACAGGAAGCCGCCAACGAGAGACAGCAGUUGGUGGAGACACACAUGGCCCGAGUGGAAGCCAUGCUCAACGACCGCCGCCGCCUAGCUCUGGAGAACUACAUCACCGCCCUACAGGCUGUUCCUCCACGGCCCCGUCACGUGUUCAACAUGCUAAAGAAGUAUGUGCGCGCUGAGCAGAAAGACCGACAGCACACCCUUAAGCACUUUGAACAUGUGCGCAUGGUGGAUCCAAAGAAAGCUGCUCAGAUCCGGUCCCAGGUUAUGACACAUCUCCGUGUGAUUUACGAGCGUAUGAACCAGUCUCUCUCUCUGCUCUACAAUGUACCUGCAGUGGCCGAGGAGAUUCAGGAUGAAGUUGAUGAGCUGCUUCAGAAAGAGCAAAAUUACUCGGAUGAUGUCUUGGCCAACGUGAUCAGUGAACCAAGAAUCAGUUAUGGAAAUGAUGCUCUCAUGCCGUCUUUGACCGAAACAAAAACGACGGUGGAACUUCUUCCCGUGAAUGGAGAGUUCAGCCUUGAUGAUCUCCAGCCCUGGCAUCCUUUUGGCGUCGACUCUGUGCCAGCCAACACAGAAAACGAAGUUGAGCCUGUUGACGCCCGCCCUGCUGCCGACCGAGGACUGACCACUCGACCAGGUUCAGGCUUGACAAAUAUUAAGACAGAAGAGAUCUCAGAAGUGAAGAUGGACGCAGAGUUCCGACACGAUUCAGGAUAUGAAGUUCAUCAUCAAAAACUGGUAUUCUUUGCGGAAGAUGUGGGCUCAAACAAAGGUGCCAUCAUUGGACUCAUGGUUGGUGGUGUUGUCAUAGCAACAGUGAUCGUCAUCACCUUGGUGAUGCUAAAGAAGAAACAGUACACAUCCAUCCAUCACGGUGUGGUUGAGGUGGAUGCUGCUGUGACUCCUGAGGAGCGCCACCUCUCCAAGAUGCAGCAGAACGGCUAUGAAAACCCCACCUACAAGUUCUUCGAGCAAAUGCAGAACUAGACCCGCCGCCACAGCAGCCUCUGAAGUGGGACAGCAAAACCAUUGCUUCACGACUCAUCGGUGUUCCUUCAUAGAAUAAGGGGGAAAGAAACAAACCCUUCUGUCUUAUUAUUUACUCAUCACCACCUUCGGACAGCUGUGCUGUAACACAAGUAGAUGCCUGAACUUGAAUUAAUAUACAAAUCAGUCAUGUAUUCUCUCCCUUUAUCUUCUGGUCUCUACGCUUCGUUAUUCUUGGGUUUUGUGGACUGUAAAGAAUUUAGCUGUAUCAAACUAGUGCAUGACUAGACCUCUCCUGAUUAUUUAUCACGCGUAGCCCCUUAGCCAGUUGUAUAUUAUUCCUGUGGUUUGUGACCCAGUUACGUCCUAAUGGAAAUCUGCUUUAAGGGUCGAUGGCGGAUGCUUCCUGUGAACGUGGGAGUUUAGCUGCUUCUCUUGCCUACGUAUUCUAUUCCUGAUCACUAUGCAUUUUAACGUUCAGCGUUUUGAAGUAUUCCAAAUGAUUUAGAGACUUGCCCACAAUUGUGUUUUACUGUACAGAUUGCUGCUUCUGCUAUAAUUGUGAUAUAGGAAUUCUGAGGAUACACGUUGGUUUCUUUGUGCCUGUUUUAUGUGCACACAUUAGGCAUUGAGAAUGGAAACUUUUUUGUCCAUGUAUCUUGGGAUCUUUGAUAAAGAAAAGAACCCCUGUUCAUUGUCAGUACCUUUACUGGGGGGGGGGGAGGAGCUGAUGCUCUGCUGGUCUUAAAUUACCAAGAAUUCUCCCCAAAAUCUUUUUCUGCAGAAUGACUGUACAGAAUCAUUGCUUAUGACGUGAUAGCUUUCUACGCUGUGUUACGGAAAUAAAUUAAAUCAAAUAACCCUG